AAACAGGUGAUUAGUAAACUGUCAGUUUCAAGCCAAUUUAUCCUAAUCCUAAUGGAAUACAGGCUAGGACUGGGGACUGGGACUGUUGGAAGAUAGAUAGUUGUGUUUCCCCCUCAACUGUAAAAACUUAAAUUGCGUUAGAACAUUAAACUUAGACCAUUAAGUUUUGACAAUUAAAUCACUGAUAGUAAUAAAUGCAUUAUUGACUAAUCCGAACAGCUGUGUAGCAAUAAGUUAAACCCUAAAACAAAUUUGUUUUUGUUUGCGUUUCCUUGUAUGUGUAGUCUAUAUCAAUAGUACUGAUAAAAGUAAUACAGAUUACAAGGGGAGGAGUAGUAGGAUUGCUUAGGUUAGGUUACGUCUCGUUCGUUUGUUCGUGAAAUUGGUAUGCUGCAAGGUUGUAGUUGAAAUUGUUUGUUAUAUAUUUACUAAAAUGUCUGAACGUGAUUAUGCACCUUUAAGUCCUGCUUGUGUUAGAGCACUAAAUGAUAAACUGUAUGACAAAAGAAAAGCUGCCGCCUUAGAAAUUGAGAAAAUGGUCAAAGACAUGGUGGCAAAAAAUAAACCGGCUGAAAUUCGGAGGCUUCUGAAAGUUUUGGGACAGGACUUUGCCAACUCGCAGAACAAUCCUCAUUCCCGCAAAGGAGGGUUGAUAGGGUUGGCAGCCAUGGCAGUAGCUCUUGGUAAGGACACAUCAGAGUAUACGGAGGGACUGAUUCGACCAAUACUGGCCAACUUCAGCCAUUCGGACCUGCGUGUGCGCUACUAUGCCUGCGAGAGUUUAUACAACGUGGUCAAGGUGGCACGCGGCUCUGUUUUGCCACACUUUGUGGAGAUAUUCAAUGCCCUCAGCAAUCUGGCGGCAGACCCUGACCAGAAUGUCAAGAACGGUUCCGAAUUGCUGGACAGGCUGAUGAAGGAUAUUGUCACAGAAAGCGCCACAUUCGACCUAGUGGGUUUUAUGCCCUCUCUACGUGACCGAGUUCGCACCAAGAACACGUUCGCUCGCCAGUUCAUUAUCUCCUGGAUAUCAGUCCUCGACGCUGUGCCUGACAUCGACCUGAUCAUCUUUCUGCCCGAGAUUCUCGAUGGUCUUUUCAUCAUUCUGGCCGAUCCAACUCUGGAGAUAAAAAAAAUGUGUGAGAAUGUGUUGAGCGAGUUCUUAAGAAGUAUCAAGCAAGACCCAAGCCGUGUGGACUUUGCUGGUAUGAUCAACAUCCUGGUCAGCCAUUCUCAGGCCACGGAUGACUUGGUCCAAUUCACAGCAAUCACUUGGAUCAAGGAAUUUGUACAGCUGGCUGGCAAGGAGAUGUUGCCAUUUACAUCUGGAAUCAUGAUGGCUAUCCUUCCAUGUCUGGCGUAUGACACUGACGCACGGAAGAAUAUUAAGGACACAGCCAAAGCUGUUAAUUUCAGUCUCAUGAAGCUGAUAUCAUUGGAAGAUGAUUUUGUACCAGAACCUGUUGAAAUUAAGGCAGAAGGCGAGUCCAACCCUGAGAUGGACUCUCAGCUUGACCUGCCAUCUGUGGUGAAAGUGUUGACAACCCAGCUGAUACACACCUCUGUACAGACCAAGGUGGCAGUGCUACGUUGGAUAUACCAUCUGCACACUAAGUUACCAAACAGGAUGAUGUGCCAUGUCGAAGAUCUAUUCCCCAUCCUAUUGAAGGUUCUGAGUGAUUCUUCUGAUGAAGUAGUUCAGAAUGAUCUGGAAGUGCUGGCGGAGAUCAUGUCUCGACAUCCUACAGACAACAGACUAGCAGAGAAUCAGUCUGAGAGCACACUGAUGAAUCCCUACUUCACCAAGUUCAUCACAAGUCUCCUAAAACAGUUCAGUUGUGACAAACAUCUGCUGGAGGAUCGGGGCUCUUUCAUCAUCAGACAGUUGUGUGUACUGCUGAACUCGAAGGACAUUUACUUGACGCUUGCUCAGAUCUUGUUGGUUGAGGAGAACCUCAAGUUUGCAAGCAUCAUGGUUGAAACACUCAACACCAUUCUGCUCACAUCUUCAGAGCUCUUUGAGCUGCGGUCACAGCUCAAGGAACUUAAAAAUGAGGAGAGCAGAUAUCUGUUCCUGAGUCUGUACAAGUGCUGGUGUCACAACCCCGUGGCCACUAUAGCCCUCUGCCUCCUUACCCAGAACUACUCCCAUGUCUGCGAACUCAUCAGAAUAUUUGGAAACCUUGAGAUAACAGUGGAUUUACUGAAGGAAGUAGAUCGGUUGAUUCAGCUCAUCGAGUCACCUAUAUUUACUUACCUGAGACUAGAGCUAUUGGACACACCCCACAAUGAACAUCUGGUGAGGGCUCUGUACGGUCUGCUCAUGUUGUUACCUCAGGCAGAAGCUUUCCACACCCUGCGACACAGACUCGACUGCAUCCCCCGACUGCAGAUGUACCACAAACAAGAAAACAAGCCAAAAGACACCAAGAAGGAAGUGAACAACUGUCCGAUUGAUUUCAGCCAACUUGUAGAACAUUUUGUGCAAGUGCAAGAGAAACAUAAACAGCACAAAAUCGCGGCUAGGACUGCGACUUUGUUAGAAAAGGGUGUGAAAAAUAUAGAAACAUAGUUAAUAAGUGCCUUGUCAAUAUAGCAGAGUCAAACUAGUUUAUUUCUAUUUUGUUUAAAUACGUAAAUAACCACUGCUAAGAGAUAUGCUUUAAUUAAUUGGUAUUAUUAUCUUAAAUGUGAUUUUAGUUAUUGUAGUAAUAUUGUUAUUAUUAUAUUGUACAUUUAUUCAGUUUUAUUAGGUAUUUUUGUACAAAUAACAGGGUAACUCUCAACUAUGAGUUAUUUUCAAUAAUUUGCACUUGCCUUAAUUAUGGUAUUUACUAUUUUUUGUUGCACUUCGGUUUGAUAUAUGUGGUUCUAAUUACUAAAAUCAAAGCAUUUAAUUGUACUUAUCUGUCAGAUAUAAAACUUAAGUUAAGGAAUUAUUAAAUGAUUUUCUUGUACAUUGUAUGUACUACCAUUAUAUUUAUGUUUUAUAGUCAAAUUGUAUUUCUUGCAUGAUUACAGUUAUAGAGGGAAUUUUUUAGAGGUAUAAAACUUUAAAAUGGAAUAAAACAAAAAAAUGAUUUAAAAAAAAUUUAUUUGAAAUUUAUACUUUUCGAAAGAUAAUCUUCUGGCAUGAUAAAUUAAAUAAAACUUCUGGUAUAUGACCGCCACGGCAGGCUCGGAUAUAUUCUAAUCUGGUGCGGUGAAUGUGUCCUCCACCAGGUGGAUGUAACAGUGUCUAAACAUACACAUGGGGAUUAUCAGCAGUUUUGUUUAUUGACGUAUCCAUUCAACCAAAAGUGAACAUUUUGCUUGAAUGGUAAAUUUUGCUUCAUCGCUAAGCAAAAUUUACUUAUAAAAUCGGGACCAACAGCAAUCAUGUUAUGUAUUCAUUGUGUGGCUUCAAUUCUUGCACAAGUUGGAUUAUGUAAGCACGAAAAACAAGAUCUCUCCACAAAAUAUUCCAUAAACUGGGUGGACACAUAUCCAAUUCCUGUGUACAAUGUUGGAUAGACUGAUUUGGUUCUACACUACGCUCUACAUCAGCAAUGACUUCUUCUGAAUGCACUGUACGACAUCUCUGUGGUUGUGUAUUAUCAUUUAGAGUAUAUGUGGUGCAAAAACGUUCCAUUGUAAUUGAAUUAAUUACUUGAUGAACGAUUAUGUUGACCGUAAAAUGAAUUUAGUGCGUGAUACGUAUUUCGAACAGAACCAUGAUUUUCAAAAUAAAUUUGCACAAUGUGAAAGCGUUGUUCAGGCGUCAGUCUAUUCAUGUUGAAAUGCCAAACCAAACUAAACAUAAAUCACUUGACAACUGACAAAAUGGCCACCAGUUAAAAAAGUGUUGCCAAUUUAAAGUUGUCAGAGUUUAUAUUUUUAAAGCAGUGUUCUUAUUACCAAAUUCCCAAUGAGAAAGUGAACAACAGUAGUUGCCAACAUAAUAAUACCAAAGCUCAAGAACAUCAAGUGUGUACCGACCCCAGUAUCUAGAACACAUUUUGAGUGGUUCAUCAAAGCUAUGAGUAUCUAUGGAUAUUUCAAAUGGUUUUCAUUUAUAAUCGUGGAUAAUUCAAACUUUUCUUCCGGUUUAUUAUUUUGCUUAUUAUUUUAUUGUAUUAAAAGAAGGAACAAAUUGGACUCUGUCUAAAGCGAAAAAUAUUACUCUUAACCUACACCAAUUAUAUCCAGUCCAAAUUUUCUUCAGUGCUUUAAUGGUUAAAAUUUAUUUAAAUAAAUGUACAAGUGAGAAUUUUAAAUUUAUAUGAUACAUAAUAUUUGCGUAAUUGUAAAGCGACACUUUUAUUUCCCAUUUUAUUAUAAAUCAACAGUUUUUUAAUGUGAUACAAAUUUUUGAAAGUAGAUAAAGUUAACUGAUUGUAAGAAUUGUAAGCCCAGACUGUUAAAUUAGAAUUUUGGUAAUUUUAAAUACUUUAAAUAUAAAAUUAUUUCCAGAUUCCAGAUAAAAUUUUAUGGUCAGAACAUAGUGAGGGCAGUGAACUGAUUUUGAACUGGAUCUCCUUUAGUAGUAGUCCGAAUUUAUAACUCAAGGUUUCUCGUGCAUACUGUUUUACUCUCCACAGUAAGACCAAAUAUUUCAAGAACUUAAUUGUGCUAACGGUGUAAACUAAAAACAAUGCUAGCGAAACUGUGUCUUGCUAAAUGUAAACUAUAAAAUUUAGAUAAUAGUUAUGACAAAGGCCGGGUAAGUUUUAAGAACUAAAAUUAUCUAUUUCAUCUGUGAAAUUAUUGAAACUUUAGUUAUGUACAAGUAGUGUGUAAAUUCAUAUAAAAUAGUUGUUAUGUGAUUUAAAAAUGUAUUGAUAUCUUGACAAUUCAGUGACUUUGAUUACAUAAUUUUUUGUUAUUUGGACUGAUCAUUAACUGAGAAAACAAAUUGUACUGACAACUAGUAACAUAUUAUCAGUAUUUCAAUCUGUCGGGCUUGGUACUUUUUGUCACAACAAAUUGCAUUGUAUUUAUUCUGUGUACCAAAGUGUAUAUUCUCUGAAUUUAGCAUUUCUGAAAUACUACUUGUAUGAGCAUACAAUCUUGUGUUUUAUAAAUGUGUUCCUUAAUUGUACUUAUAAGUAUAAAAUUACUAUCAAUAUAUUCUCAAUAAAUACCACUAUUACCCUCUUCAUUAAGUUACAUUAUUUAAGUGAUUUAAUUAUAAAAUACUUACUCAAACUAGUUUACAUGUUCAAUUGUGAUAACCAAUUAAGACUUUUGUAAUUAGUUUUUGGAUACCUAAUAUUGAAUAUUAUACAAAUAGAACAUCUCGAAAUUGUUAUAUAAACCAUUACGUAAUGGAUACACAGGUUAGAUACUGUAGAGUUAUGUAGUAUACUGUAAAAAAAUAACUUUGUAAAACUGAAAUGAUUUAAACAAUAUUUGUAAUUUUAAACAGUUUAAACUUCAAAAUAUUUUCAGAUCAUCAUAAAUAAGAAGUGAUAAUUAUAAUAUAAAAAAAUUAAUGCAAUAUAUUGUAUUAGUUUGGAAAAAUAUGUUUCUUAAACAAUAAGCCAAGUAUUUUGUUCUUCGUCACAAUUUUACAAAGGAUUAUUAUCAGUGCUAUCUCUGUUAUUAAAUCAUUCCAUAAAUUAUGUUGACUAUGUAUGAAUUGCUGUAAUAUUAUGUAAAUAAUUGUAUGUAGUACGCAUAACAUAUAAUUUUUGUGAAUAAAUCAAAAUAUAUAAUAUGCU